UUUUCGCAGCUUACUGCUGGCCUAUAUAUACACACCAUAGGAUUUUUAUAUAACUACAGUGUUUUUUUUUUGAGAUGACAAGAAUUCAAAUUCCUCUCGUCGUUUUGUUUGUUCUUUUACUGCAGCAAGAAUGUUUCUCAAAAUUUGUUUGGAAAAUGUCUUCUGAUCUGAGUAAGGAAUGGACGCAUGGAAGAUUGAAGGCAUUUGAGAGUGGCGAGUUUGAGGAAGAAAUAGAAGAAAGCGAAGUGAGAGAGGUGGAAGAAGAAGGCGAGGAGGAGAAGGAAAUGUUUAACGUUCCAUGUGCGGCAGAAUGCUCCACCGCUUACGGAAGGAGGGUCUCCUGUGAAUACACUGGUAAAAGCGAGAAGAAAUGUUUAUCUCGUAAUUGCUGUUGGGAUGAUACUGCUUCUGAUGUGAGGCAAAGAUGUUUUAAAAAAGAUUCGUCAUUAUGCUCACAACCCACAUGUGAAACCACACCACCAAACUACAGGAUAGAAUGCCAGGCAUUGCUGGACAAUCCUUGGAUGCUUACUAAUGAAAAUGAAUGUUUGGAUGCUGGUUGCUGUUGGGACCCAUUCGUAUCACAGAACCUCCCAUGUUAUGAUAAAUUCAUUGAGAGAGCAUCAGAAGCAAAAUGCCAACAGGUUCCUUCCUCCUUAAGAACAGACUGUGGGUGGAAACAGAUCACUAAAGAUCAAUGUAUGAAUAGAGGAUGUUGUUUUGACAGCAAUGUUGAUAAUGCUCCAUGGUGUUUCUAUUCCAGUGCGAUGGAUUCGAAUACCAAUGAACCUGUGGAAAUCAAACCAGCAGAAAAUAAUGAAGAAAAUGAAUCAACUGUUUCGAAAACUACAACAACAGAAAAAUCGUGGUCGUUUAUUGAAUUUACGAUUCCAACAACUAAAACACCAAAACCAAAAACAACAACAACAACCGCCAAAAACAACAACCCCCAAAACAACAACCCCAAACACAACAAGCCGAAAAACAACAACCCCAAAAACAGCAACACCAAAAGCAACGACAACAAAAGCAACAACACCAAAAGCAACAACACCAAUGGCUACAACAACAAAACCAAAAGCAACAACAACAACAAAAGCAACAGCACCAAUGGCAACAACAACAACAAAACCAAAAACAACAACAUCAAAAACAACAACCCUAAACAACAAGCA